UUUGCUAUUGAUUUUUCAUAAUGAUUUAUUCACUUUUCCCCCUGAGGAUUUUUGGACUGUCCCAAGGGAGGGGUCAGUGGACAUGUAGAGCAGGUCAGUGCGCAGGCGCAGUAAAGUUGGCAAACAAAAUGGCGACCAACUGUUAGCCAAAGUUUUUGGAGUCCAGUCGCGAAAAAAAUCUUCACAACUUUCCGACAAUUUUCUCACGUCGGCGCGACUCGUGCGCCCCGGAUUUCUCCCCAGGAUGUCGCUAGCGGGCGAGAGGGCCGACUGGGUCGAGAUCAUCGAGCCCAAAUCGCGCGAGAUCAUGUUUGCUAACCUGGUUACCGGGGAGUGUGUUUGGGACCUGCCCGUUGGAGUCGCCGUCAAAAAGGCGCACGAUAACCAGUGGUGGGAGCUUUUCGACAACAACACCUCAAGGUAUUACUACUACAAUGCCCACAGUCAGAAGACAGUCUGGCAUCGCCCCAAGAACGCUGACAUCGUUCCCCUCGCCAAACUACAGAAGCUGAAGGAGAACACCGAGAUUCAGGAGCGACAGGAACGGGAGAAGGAGAUGAGAGAACGAGCAAUGAGGAACAAGACUCCGCAGCAAAACGGAACCGACACUCGGCAAGGCACGCCGCGUACCAUUGACUCUCCACAACCUCGCAAGAAAUCUAUGAACCAAUCGCUCACCACCUUUCAGGGGAAGCCUGCUACUCCGGAUCAUUUGAACAAUUACGACAAGUCGGCUCUGCAGAGCGCACAGUCGCGGAAAAGGAGCCGGGAAGGGCCGCAGAAUAUCGAUAACCCUUCUUAUGUUGACACAGGAAAAAUGGAGACUCAUGCUUCUAAGUUUCGUGACCAGCAGCGGCAAGGAUCGCCAGUGGUACUUAGGAAAAAUGCGCAGGAAAUUAUGGAUAAUCGUGCGAUGAACAUCGCUCAUAGUAGACAGGGGAGCAAGGCGUCGCAGGGGUCACAGGGUUCGUACGAUUCCCAGGGAAACUUGGUAGGAAACAACGAGAACAUAAACUACAACGGCAACAACUACACAUCUGCUCAAAAGGAGAACAGUGACUCUGUAUCACACUCAAGGCAAGGGAGCAAACUGUCCGACCGCGACCGACCGGUACAUAAUGAUUACGUGGAGUUAAAGAGAGAAGGAGGUAUGACAAAUUCAGAUUACGCCAAUAUAGAGAUCAUUCGGAGCGUCUCGAAAAAGACGACGCCACCACCACCGCAAGUCAGUGACUACCAGAACGCAGAAAUGUUCCGGAUAACACAAUCCACGCCACAAGUGAAUACGCAGACUCCCGUUUCAGAUUUGCAGACGCCUGGGACGGGCGCGUAUAGUUCGGGAGACUUGACGACGACAGGUACAAGUUCGAACGCUCCGAGUUCCAGCAGUUAUACACCAGGCGUGCUCAAGGAGUCUCAGGUUCCGAACUUGGAGGGGUCGUUCCGGGAAAAGCCCAGGAACCAAGUCGAGCGAUCAUCCAGCGAUGGCGAGAGAUCGGGGUCGUACGGCAAGCGUCAGGCGCCCAACCUGCCCACCUCCCAGUCCGAGGGCGAGAUCGGCGCAAAGGUCCGCCGCGGGAGCAACAUGUCUAUGCCCGGUCCUUCAAGGUCGUUAGGGUCACUGUUGAAGGCGAAGAAGCCGCAAGGAGACGUGGACAUCAUGAGUUAUGCUAAGGACAACUUCAACAGGCAUAAAAAGGGCCUGUUCAGGAAGCCUGUCUCCAUAGCGACCAUGUUGACAUGGACGAAGGACCCCAUCAAGAAGCCGAUGAUCAUGACUCGAGACAAGACUGUGAAGAAGGAGGCUGUGGAAGUCUUCAGGCUCAUACAGAUUUUCAUGUCUGACCGUACAGUGAAGAAGGUUGACCAGAUGAGUGUAGCGCUGGACAUCACGACACGGGGCUGGACUAUCCAGGGUCUGAGGGACGAGGUUUACAUCCAGGUCAUCAGACAGACCUCAGACAACAAGAAAAUUGAGAGUCUACAGAAAGGCUGGGAGUUGAUGGCCAUCUGUCUGGCCUUCUUCCCUCCAACUGCCAAGUUCCAGUCCUACCUGGAGGGAUACAUCUACAGGUUCCUAGAGACAGAGACAGACGAUGACCUACAGGGGUUCCCUCGCAGCCUGUACGCACAGCACUGCUACAAACAGCUGGACAGGAUAUGUAAGACAGGUGCAAGAAAAGGCCUAAAGAAGCCGACAAUCGACGAAGUGGCCCAGGCGAAACACAACAUCUUCCACCCCUCCAUGUUUGGAAAAGGCCUCAAGAAGCCGACGAUAGAUGAGGUUGCCCAGGCGAAACACAACAUCUUCCACCCCUCCAUGUUUGGGAACACCCUGGAUGACAUCAUGAACAUGCAGAAGCAGCGGUAUCCAGAGCGACGGUUACCAUGGAUACAGACCACCCUGUCCAAUGAGGUGCUGAAGCUGGGAGGAGAGAGGACUGAGGGUAUCUUCAGGGUUCCUGGGGAUAUUGAUGAGGUCAACGCCCUGAAGGUGCAGAUGGACAGGUGGGAGCUUCCUAACGAGAUAAUGGACCCCCACGUGCCCGGCUCCCUCCUCAAGCUGUGGUACCGCGAGCUGUACGAACCCCUCAUCCCGCCCAGCUACUACCGCCGCUGCGUCGACAGUUACGACAACCCACAAGCCGCCAUCGCGGUCAUCCAGUCGCUACCGGAAAUCAACCGCCUGGUCCUCUGCUACCUGCUCAACUUCCUCCAGGUGUUCGCAAGGUCAGAGAACUCCAAGGUCACCAAGAUGGACGCCAGUAACCUCGCCAUGGUCAUGGCGCCCAACUGUCUACGCUGCGAGUCGGACGACCCGCGGGAGAUCUUCGAGAACACGCGGAAGGAAAUGUCGUUCAUUCGCACGCUGCUCUUAAACAUGGACACAGAAUUCAUGACCGGAGUCGUGUAG